AUGAGGGGAGAUGCUUGUCAUCGUCUAUAUUCAGUUUACAUCAUUUUCAUCAUUGGUGACCGUCUAUAUUCGGUUUACGUCAUUUGUCAUCGUCAAUAUUCGGUUUACGUCAUUUUCAUCAUUUGGCAUCGUCUAUAUUCGGUUUACGUUAUUUUCCUGAUUUGUCAUAAUCUAUAUUCGAUUUACGUCAUUUUCAUCAUUUGUCACCAUCUAUAUUCGGUUUACGUCAUUUUCAUCAUUUGGCAUCGUCUAUAUUCGGUUUACGUCAUUUUCAUUAUGUGGCAUCGUCUAUAUUCGGUUUACGUCAUUUUCAUCAUUUGGCAUCGUCUAUAUUCGGUUUACGUUAUUUUCCUGAUUUGUCAUAAUCUAUAUUCGGUUUACGUCAUUUUCAUCAUUUGUCACCAUCUAUAUUCGGUUUACGUCAUUUUCAGCAUUUGUCAUCGUCUAUAUUCGGUUUACGUCAUUUUCAUCAUUGGUCCUCCUCUAUAUUCGGUUUACGUCAUUUUCAUCAUUUCUCGGUUUAUCAUUUUCAUCAUUUGUCAUAUAUUCGGUUUACGUCAUUUUCAUUUCAUCAUUUGGUCCUCAUUUGGCAUCGUAUUCGGUUUACGUUUACAUUUUCAUCAUUUGGUUUACAUCGUCUAUAUUCGGUUUACGUCAUUUUUCAUGGUCCUCCUAUUUGUCAUCAUUUUAUAUUUUCUUUAUGUUCGGUUUACGUCAUUUUCAUCAUUUGGCAUCGUCUGUUUGGUUUACGUCAUUUUCAUGAUUUGUCAUAAUCUAUAUUCGGUUUACGUCAUUUUCAUCAUUUGUCACCGUCUAUAUUCGGUUUACGUCAUUUUCAGCAUUUGUCACCGUCUAUAUUCGGUUUACGUCAUUUUCAGCAUUUGUCAUCGUCUAUAUUCGGUUUACAUCAUUUUCAUCAUUUGUCACCGUCUAUAUUUCACGUUUUUAAUUAAAAUGAAUCUCUCCUCUUUCUCAAAUUUUAUUCGUUAA